UUCCACGGUAAACAAUAUGGCGGAGCGGGCACCUGCCAAGGAGCGAUAGGGCCUCGGGAAACAAGUUGACACUAUUAUUUACAGACUUGUCUCAAGACGUUACAAUGGGAGCAAGUCAGUCACAUGAUCAGCUGAUGCCAGAAGAGAGGAAGCUAAGACAGGACCCUGAAAAAAUAGCAAGAAUUGCUCGGUAUCUCUCUGCUAGACAAGGAACUCAGAAAAGUUUAGUUAGUGCAGAAGAAUUCAGUCAGCAUGAACAAGAUAAGCAAAGUAUGAAGAUUCUGAAAGGGAUUUACAAGAGGCUGGAUCCCACUAUCAUGAAAUCUACAUUGGAUGUGAAUGGGGAAGUGCAGCUGUCAUUCAAGUAUGACUUAAAUCGGGACCUAUUGCUUGUCAAGGUCAUCCGGUGCAGGGAGUUGAGGAACAGGGAUGUCCGAUCCAAAGCCUCUGAUCCAUAUAUCAGACUGGCAAUAAUCCCUGACAGUCGGGGACAGGGAGCAAAGACCACUCAGAUUGUUGUAGAGACGAACGAGCCCGUGUUCAACGAGAUAUUCGCGUUUACAAAGACAGAACUUGAGCUUCUGGAUUCCAAGUUGAUCGUCCAGGUCUGGGACUACGACGUGUCUAACCGAGAUGACUUCCUGGGGGAGGUGAUCAUUGACAUGACAACAUUCAACUUCAAGGAGGAACCAGUGCAUACGGCCUGGUAUACACUCAAAAUGGAGACUGACCUCAGCAUCAGUGGGGAGAUGGACAUCAGCAUGGCGUUCCAGGCUCCGGACCACCUGUACGUGACGGUCCACGGGGCGACUAACCUCUCCCCCAGGGAUGACAGCACCCUCGCUGAACCCUUUGUUAAAGUCAGUGUCCCUGGUGUGGGAAUGGUCUGCAAAUCUGAGGUGCAAAAAAAUACUCUGAAUCCAGUAUGGGAAGAGACUUUUGACUUUCAAGUGCCAUAUGAAGAAUUGUCAUUCAGAUACGUUGUGCUCCAUGUGAUCGACGAGAGCCAACAGGAAGGUAAUGAAUCUCUGGGACAAGUUAUCCUUGACCUUGACCUCCUGGAUCCAGAACAAGGCUACCAUGGGACACACAAGCUUGCAGAUCUGAAAAACAGUGAGCGUAUCCGGAACAAGUGGUCCCAGAGCAUGAUUGGCCAGGAGUUCCGAGAGUCCUUCCAGGCGCACGCCUCCAUCCGACACCCCAACUUCCUGUUCCAGCAGCAGUCCGGGAAGAAGGUGAUCAGCGUCAGCUGCCGUAAGGCCCGGAGUCACGCCAAGAUCAGGAUAGUUGAUGGCAUUGCCGUCAACUAAACAGACGGGAUAGCAUCCUCGUCAACUAAACACACUUACUGGCAUCCUUAACGAGACUCAACUUCAAUUCUGUAUUUGGUUGAUGUAAAGUAGAUAAUGAAAACACAAACUUUCGAACCUGCAACCAAUAACCAUAUCAGCAUUAUGUUUCAAUGUAAUGUUUACACACUCAAAUUUGGACAGUGGACGUAUCUAUGUUUCGAUACUGUUGAUCAUUAUGUAACAAUUUUACAAUUUAUGUUGUUUGAUACAAUCUUUGUUUUUCCAUUCAUUUAAGAUGUAUUGGCUGUUUGUAUUUGAUACAAUGUUUAUACUUUGACCUGUAUACAGUGUAUACAUGAGGGAUAUGGUGUUUCUUACCAUUCAACGACUCUAUGGUACUAGCACUCUGUGAUACACACAAUCUAGCAUUAGAGCAAAUAGUUUUUCCAUGUUUGACAUCGCCAGAUAUACCAUUUGUACUGCUGCUCCAAAGAAAAGUUUCUUUAUAUACCUGCUGAUCCAAACAUACAACUGGUCUUGCCUUGGGGAAACACUCACUAGAAAAGAUAUACCGGUCCUUAAAUAAAUCUUCAUGUGUCUUUGAAAUGAAGACAACAGCUCAAGUGUUCUGCUUGCCCAGUUAAAUGUGAAGAGCAUUUAGGGAUCAUUGGGAGAAAUUGGCCUCAUGUCUUAUGUCAGUUUUUUAACCUUUUGUAAACAAAAAAAUAGAAAAUGGUGAGAGAACAGUUAAUUGGCUUCCUUGUGCUGUGCGGUGUUGCAACUGAUAGGCACACCAGGAACCUAUGAUCAGGGGUUCGAAUCCCGGCUUGCCCUGAUUAUGUUUCUAGGUUUGUCAGGUGGUAAGCAUCUAGGACCUGCAUCACUUAAGACUUUCCCACAUCAAGCUCAUAUGUAGUCAUAUACCUUAACUAUUGUUCAAAGUGACGGCAAACAAAACUCACUUACUUUUGUAUGUAAAUGUUUUGAUCCUUAAAAUUUGUCUGAAGAUUCUUGGAACGCCCAAAGAGAAGAUAAUUAUUACUUUGAAGUUUUAUUGUCUAUUUAUUGAUUUUUAUUUGGUGCAAUUAAUUGUGGUAUUGCAAUAUGGACCAUUUUGAGAGAAGACAUUAAUAUGAAUUGGUUACUGUUGACCAGUUACACUGGCAUAAUUGUCUUAUAGUUUUGUUUAUUUAUGAAUGACAAAUAUACAUGUAAAGAAAUACACCUAGGGCAGGACCCUUCACACUCUUCACUAUUGUUUAUUCUUGAAAUGUGGUAGGCUACUUUAAGUAUGCUUGUUACUGUCAUUAUUUUAACACAUUUAUAAUAUAUUUACAGUGUACUUGUCAGUUGGAAUGAAAAGCAUUUGUUUUAAGGUAAUCGUGUGUUAGAUUCAUCAGUCUACUGAUGUUUCUUCAUUUCUUUAUGGCUUGUAUUCCUCAUAUUAAUAAGUAACAAUUUAUUACUAAACUGAUAUGGUAAAUAAAAAUAUAUUUUUCUUAUUGAUACACUAAUUUACAUCAAAACUGCAUGUGUUUAAGACAUAUAUUUGCCAUGUAAGCAAAAAUGUUUCUAAUCAAAACAAAAUGCAUUUGUGUUUGUUAAAUCUUUAAAGAUUUGCAUCCGUCCAAUAUUUACAUUUUAUACAGAAUAAAUACUUGUUAUAUUUA